CAGAGGGGUGGAGUAUUUACAUGGAAACAGAACUCAGUAGAACAAGUAUCCAGACUUUUAUUAUGUGUUCUACAUUGAAAGUGAUGGAACCUAAAAAUUCUUCUAGACAACAACCAACAGUGUCUUUCUUCACUCUACCACAACUGUUUUUUAUAAUUGUCUUCAUUGCAAUAGGGAUUCAGAUCUUAAGCCAACCAAAAGAUGAUAUAGAAGAAGAACUUCCCGAAGAAGAACUCAGAAUUCUUUUGGUUGGAAAAACAGGGGUGGGAAAAAGUGCAACAGGCAACACCAUCUUGGGAAAAAUCUUUUUCAAAUCAGAGAUAUCGUCCUCACCUGUGACUGGACAAUGUGAAAAAGGUCAUGCCAUAGUUAAUGGAAGAAAAGUAUCUGUCAUCGAUUCUCCAGGUCUGUUUGACACUAGCUUGAGUGAAGAUGAGGUGAUCAACAGAGUUAAACUCUGUAUUCCUCUCUAUGCUCCUGGUCCACAUGUGUUCCUAUUUGUGAUUCAGUUGGGCAAAUUCACAGAAGAAGAUGCAAGAGCUGUUAAAAUUAUCCAAACAAUUUUUGGUGAAGAAGCCUCCACAUAUGCCAUGGCUUUGUUUACUUAUGGAGAUCAACUGAAGGGCAAAAGCAUUCACAAAUUUGUUCACGACAGCCCAGGACUGGUUAGUUUCAUCAACACCUUUAGGGGGCAAUAUCAUGUGUUCAAUAAUGUAGAUAAGAAUCCAGAUCAGGUCAUUCAGUUACUGGACCAGGUUGAUAAAUUGGUGGCUGUAAACGGUGGGCAGCAUUACACCAGUGAGGUUCUUGAGAGGACAGAGACACCAAUUGAGGUGGAGAAACAACGUAUCCUGGAAGAGACAAAAGAGGAGAGACUUAAAGAGAUAGAAACACUGAAGGCUCAAGUUAAAGCUGAGGUUUUUGAAGAAGAAAAAAACAAACUAAUCAAAAAAUUUGAGGAUCAUGCCAGACAUGAAGCUGAGAAAAGACUCAAGCUAAAGACAAAUAUGAGGAAGCUUGAGACCAACACAUCAUUCAAUGAUGGUCCGGAGACGAGUCAAACUGGUAAAGAAAAGGAGCUCCGCAUUGUCCUGCUAGGAAAGACUGGAACUGGAAAAAGUGCAACAGGAAACACCAUCCUGGGAGAAAAUGUCUUCGAAUCAAAUUUCUUGGCUUCCUCUGUUUCCAAAAAAAGUGCAAAAAAAUUCAAAGUUAUUAAUGGAAGUAAAAUUUCAAUUAUUGACACUCCUGGUCUUUUUGACACAAGCAUGCCUGUAGAACAGGUAGAAAAAGAAGUUAAGUUGUGUAUAUCCCUCUCUGCUCCAGGUCCACACGCCUUUCUAGUUGUUAUCAAAAUAGAAAGAUUUACAGAAGAGAAUAAUAAAACUAUAGAAUUAAUUGAGCAAAUAUUUGGCGAGGAUGCUAUAUAUUAUUCUAUAAUACUGUUCACACAUGGAAAUCAACUUAAAGGGCAGGACAUAAACACAUUUAUCCGCAGUGACCCAAAACUACGAAAAUUUGUCAAUAGAUGUGGGGGUCGCUAUUCUGUAAUUGACAAUGAAAAGAAUGAUUCAGUACAGGUUAUGAAUCUGCUAGACAGCAUAGAUUUAAUGGUACAAAAUAAUGGUAGAGAAUUCUACACAAAUGAGCAUCUUCAAGAAGCAGAGAGAGCAAUCCAAGAAAAGAAACAGCAAAUCCUGAAAGAGAGUGAAGCACAAAGGCAGAAGGAAAUUCAGGAGCUAGCGCUUAAAUACAAAGAUGAAGAAUUAGAAAAAAUGACAAAGAAACUAAAAGAACAACAUGAGGAACUGGCAAGAAUUAAGGCUGAGAACGAUAAUUUUUUUCUUCUUAAGCCAUUUAAAGCACUAGUCGGUCUCAUAAAAUCUAUAUUUUCAUGAUAUCCUUAACUAAAUAUCCAGCAGUUACCAUAUAACACAUGAAUUAAGAUUCUAUUGAAAAAGUUCAUACACAAGUGUCUGGUAAAGAGCACACUACUAGAAACUGUAGGUCCUUGGGGAGGCUUAAAUAUUUCCCCUAAUAAAAGCAAAAAAACUUUUGAGCAUCUUCGCAGAACAAUGUCAUAACAUUUGUUUUGACUUUCUUGAAUUAUUUUUAUUAUUUUCUUACUUUUAAACUUGAUUGAUAUUGUAUGUAGAGAGAAAUACUGUAUGUUGUUUACAUUUUGUUUGUUUAUUUAUUCUUAACACCAUUCCAGCAUCUAUAUUCAUGGUGAGAGCUGGUUAAUACAUACACAAGUUGAUCCACACAUGUUAAUCCAUACACACAUUGGGAAAGGGGCUUCUUACUUACACUGUUUAAAAAUUGCUAAAGAGUAUAUACUGUUAAGACACUCCUUUGUUUUUUACUAAAUAAUCUAAUUAAUAAGCUCUGAAUCAGGUUUGUUCACAUUCUUUUAUUUAAAAGCUUAAGUAGCUGUUUGCCUUCAUUAAAGUUUG